AUGGCGCCCAAGACGAAAAAAGAAUCCACCCCCGCGCCCUCGGGUGCUCCCUCCAGCUCGACGUCCAACGACUCCUGGAUUGCCACCACUGUUGUCUCGCACUACAUUAAGAAUACGUCGCAACAGACGAAGCUUAUCGAUGCGUUUAUGGCGUACCUUGUGGUUGUCGGAGGCAUUCAGUUCCUCUACUGUGUCCUCGCCGGAAAUUACCCCUUUAAUUCAUUCCUCUCCGGAUUCUCUGCUACCGUUGGCCAAUUCGUCCUUACAGCAUCUCUCCGAUCUCAAACGAAUGCCUCCAAUGGCAAGAAGUCCACCACAGUUUCGCCUGAACGUGCCUUUGCCGAUUACAUCUUCUGCAGUCUAAUCCUUCACUUCUUUGCUGUUAACUACAUGAAUUAA